AUGCAUAGUUUUGGGCAACUUGGUUUGGUGCUUGCACUGGCCUUACUUAUAACAUGCGUGGAUGCUGAUAAAAAGCAGAGUAAGAAGUACAGCCGGGAGGCCAACGACCCGCAUUUCCAGCAAGUGGCUGACGAAAAGUACGAUCCGGAUUUUAAGAAAAUCCAGCGACCCUUCCGAAUGGCCAAAUUGAAUCUCGUGUGGUCUAAGGCGCAGAAUCGUUUAACGGAGCCUAAGCUAAAGUCAUUGUAUAUGGAGUUGAAAAUCCACGAUAAAGAAGAGAUCGCUUGGAAGCAGCUUAACUCGCAGCACAAGGACAAGGAUGGUUUGAAGGAAAACGAACUGCGCCGAAAGCUGAUUGGCAUAAUGAGCAGCUACGAUCUUUUGGAGCACUUUGACGAAACUGAAGAUGCUGAGAAAAUCAAACCCUUCAAAAAAUUCCACGACCCCGAGGAACGCCAUAAAAAUAAAAGUCUCUUUAAGGACAAGAAACUUAACAGGCUGUGGGAAAAAGCGGAAGUUUCCGGCUUCACUUCGGAGGAAUUGAAGUCCCUGAAGCAGGAGUUUGAGCAUCAUCAGGACAAAGUAGAUGUCUACUACAGCUUGCUGGAAAACAUUGGUUCUGUGGACACCGAUAAGCACGAGAAUGCCAUUAACACUGAAGACCUUGACACGUACAAUCUCAUUUCGAACAAUGAUGCCAACGAAAACGAGAUAAAGACGCAUGAUCAGAAUGUGAAAAAGUUUGAGAACGACCUGAACACUCUACGGGGCCAUCAUGUUGGAAUCAAGGAUCACUACGACCGGCUGGAACGCCUGGUGUCGUCCGGACCGCAUAGCCAAGAUUUUAUCGAGCCCAAGGUUCAGGGCUUGUGGCGCGUCGCUCAGGCAAGCAAUUUCACGGUUAAGGAACUGGCUUCCAUUAAGACCGAACUCAAUCAUUUUGAAAGUCGCUUGCUGAAGUUGCGACAUCUGCAUGCCGAGCAUGCUCUGCACAAGGAGAAGUACAAGGAUGAGAAGCACAAGGACAAAAGCAACCGCUUCGAAGAUAUGGAGGAUCAAUUGAAAAAACAAGCACGCAAGGUGGAAAAAUUGCAGGAGAACAUUGAGAAAACUAUCUUCAAGCAUUCAGAGCUAUGAUCAAAACGAAUCAUUAAACGUGCCAAGCGAAUAAAUUAGAUUUAAGACUAAGCUGUUGCUUAGCAUAGAAAUAAGUAUAGUUUUGAGACCAAAUAUUUGUAUGAAAUGAAAACUUAUGAACAUA